AUGAGCCGUAUAGCACUCCCCCUAGCGCCCCCAGCCAAGUCCCCCCUGGCUCGAUACCGCCUCCUCUCGCCCUCUGCUUCCGUUCGUGUCAGCCCCGUUUGCCUCGGGGCCAUGAACUUUGGGGACGCCUGGAUCGACUAUUUGGGACAGUGUGAUCAGGCUACCGCCGAAGGAAUCCUCGACUUUUUCUACGAGCAGGGAGGCAACUUCAUCGACACGGCCAAUAACUACCAAUUCGGAGAGUCGGAGAAAUGGCUCGGUCAGUGGAUGAAGAAGCGUGGCAACCGUGAUCAGAUGGUCAUCGCUACCAAGUUCACCACCAACUUCACGGCCGGCCCUGACCAACCCAGCGUCAUGGCAAACUAUACCGGAAACGGCACCAAGAGCUUGUUCACGUCGGUGAAUGCGAGCCUCGAGAAGCUGCAGACCGAUUACAUCGACUUGCUCUAUGUCCACUGGUGGGACUACAGCACCUCCAUCGCCGAGAUGAUGCAGUCACUCAAUCAGCUCGUUUGCAGCGGAAAAGUACUCUACUUGGGCAUCAGCGACACCCCUGCCUGGGUCGUCAGCAAAGCAAACGAGUACGCUCGCAACCAUGGCCUUCGUCAGUUCUGCGUCUAUCAGGGGCGUUGGUCUGCCGCUUCUCGAGACUUUGAGCGUGACAUCAUCCCCAUGUGUAAGUCGGAGGGCAUGGGCAUCUGCCCCUGGGGUGCUCUCGGCGGAGGCAAAUUCAAAACGGAGCAGCAGCGGCAAUCCAAGGAAGGCCGCCAGACGGAUUACGCCGAGACGGACAUCAAGGCCAGCGCCGCUCUCGAGGCCAUCGCCAGACGCAAGAACACGGCCAUCACUAGUAUCGCACUCGCCUAUGUCAUGCACAAGACGCCUUAUGUUUUCCCCAUCGUCGGCGGUCGAAAAAUCGAUCAUCUCCGGGGCAACAUCGAGGCGCUCACGAUUCGCCUCAGUGACGAGGAAAUCAAGGAGAUCGAGGACGCGGUUCCCUUUGAUCUGGGAUUCCCACACAACUUCCUCUGGAUCGGCGGCAAUGUUCCGGAGUCUCCGCAAGACAUCUGGUUGCUGAAUUCGGCGGCAACCUAUGACUAUGUCAAGGAACCCAAGCCUAUUACGCCGCAGGAGUCAGGGGAGUAG